AUGACCGACGGAACGGACAAGCUGUUGGUCGCGGGCCUGGAGGAUUUAGAGAAAUACCUCGACGAUCACGAGGUGGCAAAUGCUAAGCUCAAGCAGGGCUUUCUUAUGCUGACGAAGGCAAAACUGCGACUGCAAGAACACGCGCUGUCGGAAAUUUCGUAUCACGAAGAAUUUGAGGCGUUUCGGGUAGUGGUACUGGAUUCUGAGGGAAAUUGGCGACUGCAAGAUGCGUCUGAGGUAAAAGAAGAAGCAACAGAUACUAAAGCCAGGAACACGGACACACUGCUGUGGUUCAGCUCGUUACCGCCUAGUGAUCUUCGUCAGGCGCAAAAGCAAUUCUCGAGUGGCCUACAAGCAUUGUUAGUGGCAGCAGCAUCAGCACAUAAGGUUCAGCGAGCCGUUCACGGAGUUACCAGCAUUCCUCAUUAA